UUAAAAUAACACUGCUAUAGAAACUAGAGACUGACAUAUGUUGCUUUUUUUUAACGCUAUUCAUAUGCGUAAAAGGAAGAACAACAUUUGUCAUUUUGUCAGUUACGUAGUUUGAUCAUUUUCUUUGUGUCUAGUUUCGUUUAAAAACAAAAUAACAGAAUGCUUAUCGCGUCAUUUUAGGCAUUAGGAAAAAACUUGGUAGCCGACAAUGAAAAUAUAGUUAUAGAUUAUAGAUACACAGAAUCAAUAUAUGCUGUCCUACUUACUCUAAUAUUUUUGAUAUAUUACUUGCACACGCUAUCUCGCUCCCGCAACUUUUAACAUUUUAGCAAAACGGCUACUGUUAUUAUCUGUGUGUAACCACAAACAAUAUUUUACUAAUCGAAAAAAAAAAUACCAUCGAAAAAAAGAAGACAUUUCCCGCCCGGAGUCGAGUUAAUUCACGUAUAAGUUAAAACUUUAAAUAAUUACCUAUUGUGUUGCUGAAUUAUAUCAAAAUUAUAACGUAAAUCAAAAAUAGCAAAAAAAUGGGCGAUAAAUCAAUACAAAAUAUUCGUCAAAUUGUUGAUGAACAUCAAUCGUCUGUAACCCUUUCUAAAUGUUGUAUAAAAACGCAACAUUUCUUGCUGAAGAAGUUAAAAGAGCAAUGGAAAAGGCAAACAGUCGAAAUUAAUUCCAUUAACAAAAUGAAUAUGAGAUUGGAGAUGGAAAUAAAAUUAGAUGAACAAAAACGAAAGAGUUUGCACAUUGCUUUGGAUACAAUUAAAUCUGCUAAUGUAGAAGCUGAAAAGGAGUAUCUUUUAAUUAAAGAAUUUCGCUCUGACAAUGCAGAGCAUAUGAAAAAUAGAAUAAUCAAAUAUGAAAAGGAAUGGGCCGUUGCUCAGGAGAAAUAUGGAAAUAUAUCUUAUAUCAAGAAGUAUUUAGAUGUAAAAAAUAAAAUCCAAGCAAGCCAAGAUAACUUGAAAGCUCUUUUGAAUCAAUCCAAUGAGCUAUCCACACAGAUAAAUAAAAAAAGAUACGAAAUGGCUGCCCUCGAAAAAGAACGCGUCAUAAAACUAGCUCAGUUCAUUGUUAUCGAUCGACCUAUGUUUUUGAAAACGCUAAAUGAAAAUGUCGCAAGGAAACGCAAACUAUCAGUUACCAAUCAACAAAUAAUGAAAGAGAAAAGAUUUGUCCCAACAAGCGCUUCGCCGAAAAUGAAUGUGGAUGUUAAAAUACCUGCUUCGACUGAAAGUCCACAAAGUAAUGUAGGGUUGUUGUUACCACCGAUUCAAAUGCAAAGUGUGGAUCUCGAUGUAUUAAGCGUUCGUUUGAAUGAGAUAAAAAAAAUGGAAAUUUCCAAACAUAACGAAAUAGCUAAUAUACCAGUCACUGAGACGAUACAAAAAGUUAAUACUCCACACUUAAAAGACGAUUAUAUAUCUAGCUACUUCGAUGUAUGUAGCGUAACUAAAGCAGAUACAAACGAUUAUUCAAACAAAAAACUAAUACAUAUUCUGGAGGAUAUUAAAUUAAAUGAAAAUGAAACUAAUGAUAUUAUCGCGAAAGUGACACCGAGCAAGCUACACGAUGUUAAUGUGAUUGAAUCGAAAUAUACAAAAGCUGCCGAUUCUAAAGAAAAAGAUUUUAAUGAAAAGCAAAACUCAGAUCGACUUUCACAGAAAACUCCCAUCGAAACUGGUGAAAUAGAAGAAAUUAAUUUAACCGCUUCCAAUUCGCAAGCACUGGUUGUGUUGCCACCCACACAGUUUAUGGACUUAACACAGGAAACACAGUAUACGCAUACUCCAGAAAGUGGUAUAUUAAAAGAUGGAUUUUCCCGGAAAUCCCAAGAGAAAAAAGUAUGUUUCGAAUUAAAAGGAAAUGAACCGGAAAAUAUGGAUGUAGACAGCAGUUUGCUAAACACAAGUGUCAAAAAUAUGGUGUUGAAAAAAAAUAACUUAGAUUUGUCCCCCGAGUUCAUUUACAGCAAAAAUACGCUGCAAACGAAACCAAAAGACAACAUUGUAACAUCAAAAUUCUUUAAAAAAGAAGAUCAAAAUGUUGCGGAACCUAAGGAAUAUGAAAAUAAUAAUGUUAACAGUAAUAUAAUUGAUAAAGAUAAACAAAAUAAUCCUGAAACUACUGAAUAUCAAUCAGUCGGAUCAACUUCUCAGGUAUCAAGAAAUGUAGUACAAGCUGGUGAAGCUGUAAGGCCAAUGGGGGGAUUGCUCUUUGCUCAUAGCCCACAUCGUUUAUUGGAAUCUCUGGACUUAUCAUGCACAGAUAAUGCUGAAGGUGAUUCAGAAUAUCUUCAUGGAAUUGAUUCAAGUCUUCUCAUGUCUCCAAAAGCAGAUGACAUUCAAAAUAAUGAAGAUCAAAACAAUAAAUCUGAAGGAAUAUUCAAUUUCUUAGCAGGAAUAAAAAGACCUGAUUUUAAAUUUUCGGGAUCUGGUGCUCCAAAGCAAGAAACAGGCACGGGAAGCCAAGAAAAUAAUAAUUUCAACUUUUCAUUUGGUGGUGAAACAAAGAAGAAGGGAGGGUUAUUUAGUAUGUUUCGUUGAAACUUUCUAUUACUUCGUCUUUGUAUGGCAUUGCUUUAUUUUUUAAGUAUUAUAUCCAUUGUUUUAGCAAUAGCCUUGUUGUUUUCCAAAUUUCAUAAUUUUUAAUUCAGAAGAAUUUACUUACUUUUCAAUAAAAGAUAAACUAAUUCA